CAAGCAGCCAUAUCACUUGCCCUGGUUCAAUUUGGGUCGCGGUCUGCUGAGGCCGACUUGAUACAGGUACACAGACGAACAGAGUUGGAGCUGGAGUCAACUUGACUGGCCCGUACGCCCCGGCGCGACUUUUGAUUCAAAGCCAACUGCCCUCCACCUCUCCUGCGAGGCAAAUUUGCUUUCCUGGUCCUGCCCCGCCGCCCCUCUUUUUCGGCGGUUUCUGGCGAGAGCUGAAAACGAAAUGACUUGAACCCUUUGGUUUUUGGGCCCCCGAUCUUGCCAUGUCGCUGUUUCGCAAUGCCAGCCGCCUCGUCGGCUCUGGCCGCGCUGCCAGCUGCUUGGUGGCUACGGGUCGCCAGAUGAUUGUUUCGAACGCACGCUUGACGCCCACGGCCCCGACGUUGCUUCGCUUCACACCCGUUCGCGUCGCAUUGCGACCCAACUCGAGCUGGGUGCCGCAAUGGUCAGCUCGACCGGCCGUGCUGCCCGUCGCCUCUGUGCCGCUGGCCACGGCCUGCUUCGCCCUGCGUAGCCUCGUCCCCAUCGCACAAUGCUCCCCUGCGGCAGAGCAGCCCGCCAUCACCCGCAACGUGGCCACCCUCAGUCAGACCAUGGACCACCUGAAAGAGGAGAAGGUGUUGCGCCGCUUAUUUCGCAUCUUUAGUCGUGCUCUUCGCCACAUCUUGCUCUUCACCCCCGUGUUGUGUGCCUUUCCGUUCGCCUAUCUGCUGAACCGAGUCGGUUUUAUCUGGAACGGCUGGUGGUCGUGGUUUCUGUGGACCAUUCAAGUGUCUGGCCCAACCUUUAUCAAGUUUGGCCAGUGGGCCUCAUCGCGCCGCGAUCUUUUCUCUGUCGAAGUUUGCAACCGCUGUGCUCAGCUGCACGCAUCUGUCAUGCACCACACCGUGGCUGAAACCGAGGCCACCUUGGACGAGUCCUUUGGCGUCGGCUGGCGUGACAUUAUGGUCCUGGAGCCCAUUCCCGUGGGAUCGGGCUGCGUCGCCCAAGUCUACCGUGCUCAUCUCAAGCACCCAUCUGGCAAAGGCCCCUCGGAUGUGGCCGUCAAGGUCAUUCACCCCCAAGUUCAAAAGCAGGUUAUCGACGAUGUGGACCUGCUGCGCUUUGUGGCCAAGGCGAUUGAGCUGAUCCCCAUGCUGCGAUGGGUCUCGGCUCGGGAUGGUGUGGAAGAGUUUUCGCGCUCCAUGACCGAGCAGCUCGACUUGCGCAACGAGGGCUACAACAUGCUGCGCUUCCAGGAGAACUUUAAAGAUGUGUCGGACGUGAUUGUUCCUCGCGUUAUUCCUGAGCUGACGAGCGAGAACGUUUUGGUGGAAACAUACGAGGAGGGCCAGCCGAUGCACGUCAUGUUUGAUGGCGACGAGAAGUUGCGUCGACGCUUGGCGCGUCGUGGUCUGGAGCUCUUUUUCAAGAUGAUGUUCAAGGACAACUUUAUUCACGGUGAUUUGCACCCGGGCAACAUGCGCGUGACUGGUGUGGACGAGCAUGGUCAGCCCACGGGCGAGCCCGUGAAGAUUUUGUUGCUUGAUGGCGGCAUCAUCACGGAAAUGACUCGUCGGGAUCGCGCCAACUUUAUCGACUUGUUUGGUGCCAUUGUACACAAGGACGGCCGGGAGUGCGGUCGUCUGAUGCUGAGCCGUGCCCGCCUCCACGAUUGCGAUGAUCCUGAGGGCUUCAUCUCCUCCGUUGACAAGCUUGUGCGCACCGCGUGCGACAUUACCGAUGCCGGGUUUCGCGAUCUGAACUCGGGCAUGCGCCUCAACAAGGUGCAAGUCGGCGAGCUUCUACAACGAGUGCUCACGCUGAUGUGCCAGUACCGGGUGAAGAUUGAAAGCAACUUUACCAAUGUUUUGAUUGGCAUCAUGGUGGCUGAGGGCGUUGGCCGAGCACUGGAUCCUGAAGUCGAUUUGAUGGUGUUGGCAGGACCCAUCCUGCUGAAGGAAAAGGCCAAGAUGGCACUAGAUUGCACCACUGAAUCUCUCUUUCUCUCUCUUUCUCUCGCGACUUUCUCUCUCUUAAUACUUUUCUCUUCUCUCUCUCUCUCUCUCUCUCUCUCUCUCUCUCUCUCUACUUUCUCUCUCUACUUUCUCUCUCUACUUUCUCUCUCUACUUUCUCUCUCUACUUUCUCUCUCUACUUUCUCUCUCUACUUUCUCUCUCUACUUUCUCUCUCUACUUUCUCUCUCUACUUUCUCUCUCUACUUUCUCUCUCUACUUUCUCUCUCUACUUUCUCUCUCUACUUUCUCUCUCUACUUUCUCCAUCUCAGUCUCUCUCUCACUUCAUCUCUCUGUCUCCCUGUCUCUCUCUCUCUUCAUCUCUCUGUCUCUCUCUCUCUCUCUGUGUUGCGCGUUUCUCAAUUUCGAUCAAGCCAGCUUUCAGUCUGCUGAAAACGGCAGCGCCCGCGUUGAAUAGCUUACUGCCGUCAUCAUCCUGUUCUGACUUGCCAUCCUUUCUUCGACCGGCACCCAUUGCCGCCUCAAAUCCUUGUAGCGGCUCUGGCGCCCGGGCUCGCUCAAAGUCAUCCUCCUCGCCACGCUUCUGCCACGACACAACUUUUGCCGCUCACUCAAGCCUCCUCCAGCGGCGCUCCCAUCAGCGCGCCGCCAUGGCCAAAAGCGCCACCUCCGAGUCAGGCCCUGGCCGCGACUUGCCACAUGUGCGCAGCAGCGCCAAACGGUCGCCGGUCGCCUCAGACACGUCCGCAGCCCCCGUUCUACCCCACGAACGCUUCUGCCAAACCGACCUUCCGCCUGCGUCGACGAGUGGAUAUGCUCCCGCCAUGUCGCCCGAGUACAGCCAGCUGCUCUGGUGUAACUAUGUGCAAUGGCUCACUGCCCUUCAGCAGCAGCUCCUUCAGGCCCAACUCUACCAGCACCAGCAGCACCAGCAACAACACCAGCACCACCAGUAUCAGCAGCAUCAACAACAACAUCAGCAACAGUUUCAACAGCAGCAGCACCACCACCACCACCAGCAACACCCUCAGUCCCAAUAUCCGCAUUCUCAGCCCUACCUACAAUCCAAGCAACAGUCGCCAUUAUCGCAGCCCCCACAGCACAGCCAACAACAGCCUUCUCAACAGAAUCGCCAACCGCAGCCCACCCCUCCCACACAUCCCGCCAUGUUUGCGCAAUUCCCCUCCGCCUCAAACUUCACGCUUGGCCAACCACAUGCCCCAGGCUCGACAUCCACGACGCCCUCCUUUGCGCCUCAUCUUCCGCCUCAUGCCCCCCUCUUCAUGCAACAACAAAUGCAGCAACAACAUGCCGCCGCAGUAGCCGCCGCCGCUCGCGGCUACACUUACCGGCCCGGCACCGCACAACGUGCCCACUCUCGCCAGCAACUCCCAAGCUUUCCAGCCACGACUCCACAUACAGCUGGACCCCCAGCACACCCGGCAUCGGCACAAGGCCCAGCUGACGCGCACGAGCCGGUCCGCUUAGCCACCAAGGCGCUAGCCCAAGGCCCUGGGACCCGCGCCAAGGUUGCAUCCGAAGACAAUGACGCUGACAGCGAGGCCGACGAACCCGCGGCUGCGGCCCAGUUUCCAGAACCCCUAGCGCCACACGUCCAAUCUCAAUUGGAGAACGCUCGGGGGCAGAGCCGCACACGAAGCCAUCUGCGGACGAAGAACGCGGCACAUGGCCGCAGCCGUAGCAGCAGCAGCAGUGGUGGCGAGCGCGAGCAUCAGAAUGACCGUGACCGUGAACGUGAACGAGAUCGCGACCGGAAUCAUGAACGAAGCCGCAGCCGCAGUCGCAGUCAUGGCCGCAGCCGCAGCCGCAGCCACGGUCGCAGCCGACGUCACCACCAUCACCACAAGAAUGACGCAGGGGCCUCCAACCCGAUGCCCUCAACCAAGCGCAAUGCAGCCACAACAACCGCGCCUGUUCCCAUGCCCAUGGGCCAGUUGUCACCUCAGCAAGCCCAGCAACUUCUCUUUCAAUUGCAUCCCUUGCAAGCGCCAUUCGCCGCCUCCCACUCGGGCAUGCUACCCACAGUCCCAACCUCGCUUGGCCCCUCACCCAUGAUGACGUUUGGCACGCCAGGCAUGCCGCCGGCUCCUGCGCCAGCUCCACCUGGCGUCUAUCAGCCAUGGGCCACCCAGCCCUUUCCCAUGGCAUCACCAUAUGAACCUGCGGCCACCAUGGGUGUACCGGGUCAGGCUGCUGACCUCGAGCCUCAGGUAGAGAGCACCCCGCUGGAUCAAGCCGGCAUGUCUGCUGCCAAGCAUCAUGCGUACAAGCGCCGCCAGCGUGAUAAGGCCGGUGAAUCAGAUGCCUCGGGCCAUGGCAGUAAGCGCGUCAAGGCUGAUUCUGGCAUUUCUGCUUCAACAAUGACGGGCUGGAUUUCUCUAGCGCACUUUAACGAUGAGCAGUUGCACGAGUACACUCGCCGACUUGCCUGCCACCGCCCAAUUGGGACUGUCAACUGGAUUUGCGACUGGGUUUCAGGGGUGCGCCAGCCCGAACCGCAGGAAAAGGAUGCCUUUUUUGCUCAGAAGGUCGAGCUGUUCAUGCCCAACAUUGAGGCCUUUUCAUCGACCAUGUCACAUGCCGGGACGCACACAGUCGAAGAAGGUGACUCAGCCCGCGACGACAAGUCCCCAGCAGGCGAUCAGGCUGAACAGCUUGAUGCAGAAGAGACAGCGCCCAAGUCGCACUACAACCACAGUCCCAGCCUCGACUUGAGCCGCAACGUUCGUGAGGUCACCAAGCGCUCACUAGCCCUGCGUCAGGCCAGCACGCAGAACUCAGCCCAACCACCAACAGGACCAGGCACUGCCGAGGACAACGCAGGCAAGCAAGCUUCGCCGCGUGCUGCAGCAGUGUCGAACACAGCUGACCUUGUGGCUUUGCCGUCAAAAGCAUCCACAACAACCGCCAUGGAGCCAGAGGCCGAUGCUGCCGCUCAACAGCCCGAGGCCAUUACUCAAGUGAGCCCCGACGCCAAAGACCCGGCGCAUCGCGAGGAAGCUCUUGCAGCUGGCGGUGGGUCGUCUCGUGAUGUCAUGGCGCAUGGUGACGGGCCCAAGGAGUCUUCGCAAAGCAGCAAGACCGAGCCCGGUGAUGAGGCCGAAAUGGACGCAUGCAGCGACUCGAACGAGCAUCGGGGCGAACCGGGCAGCCUGCAGUUUCGGUCAUUCACGCAGCUGGCCAAGCGUGAGCGUCAUCGCGAGCUGUUGAUGGAUACCCAGCGUCUUGACGAUAACAUUGCGUAUUUGGCGUCGAAGGAAACACGCUUGCAGCGCCGCCUUCGUCGACUGGAGGCCAAGGUGCUCGACCGCUUCAAUGCUGGAUCUCCGCUCGAAAGUCCAGCCUGCACGCCGCGACCUUCGCCCACUACUGCCGGCAACGUUCUGGCAUCAUCCGCCGUGCACUGA